AUGAAGUCCGCAAUGAAGGCAAUGAAGGCCAUGAAGGCCAUGAAGGCGAUGAAAGCAACGACUGCGAUGAAAGCUCGUGUCAUGAAGAAGAAGGCAGUGAGCAAGAUUGCUCGAGGCAAGCGUGCCAAGAUCGCCGUCUUCAAGGGCAAGAAGGAGAAAACUUCCUCUGGGCACACACGCAAUGAUCUCAUGAUCAACAAGAGAGGAAAAGUGGUGAGCAAGAAGGCCAAUGCCGCGGCCAAGAACCGCUUCAAGAACAUCUCCGGCUGGAACAACGCAGUGAUCCAGGCCAGGAAGGAGUUGGGCAUCAAAGGUUUUUGCGCUGUGAACGGAAAGACGGCGCAGGGCAAGGCUCUCUAUGUGAAAGCCAAGGCACUUUAUGCCGCAUGA